CGAAACGUGUGUCGAAAAGGGAAGUCAUGAUGACACCUGGCUGCCAAGGUAGACUGGUGAUGAAUAAAAGGAAUUAGCAUAGCCGGAUGGUCAAACAUAAUCAAACAUCUAUCCUCAUAUGGUUUGUGUUUAUGCAUCACAAAUCACGUCAACAUGAUGUUUCUUAGAGACCCAGUGGCGGACACCGCAACGACACCGCGCGGCCCUGGAUUGGCUUAUACUCGGCUUAUACUUGACCCAGUUGGGGCUCUUCGGUCGGCUGUCUUGGAUGGCCCAGCAUGAGCCAGGUGCCAGUGGGGAGGUGGAACAGAGAUCUGUAGUUGAGGGAUUAGGACUCAGGACAUGGGGCGCACCAAGUCAGAAGUGGUCCAUCAAACGCAUCAAAAACACUGUGCAGGACUUGGGGAACGGGUGCACGUUUGGGAAGAUGUCAGCUUGGAACAAUUGGCUUGGCAGCCUCUCGUCCCAGGUGUUUGCGGCCUUCCUUCUAGUAGCGACAGGUCUUGGCUUCUUCUACUACACCGCCUGGAUCUUCCUCUUGCCAUUCUGGUCACCCGAGGAUGCCCCAGGUCUUCGAGCCACUCUCUUCCCGUAUGAUCGCCUGUGGGCACUUCGCAUUCCCGGCCUCCUCCUGGUGACCACCGCCACUGGCUUGCUGGGCUUUGUGGGGCUCGUGCUGGCCGAUGUGAUCCGUUAGGUCACCGCUGGAGGAGAUCCGGUUGGUUUGGAGACACCAGCACCGGCAGAUCAUGCUUUGCUGGUGUGGAGAUAGGUCAUGGAUGGUCAUGGUGCUUGGAGUGUUCCUGGAUCGUCUGGGCCCUGUCAGUGGUGAGCCAGGAAGCUGGAAGCGAGGAUUAGACUGUGAGGUUGCAGUUUGCAAGGGUUUCUGAUCUACGAAGCAAGGCCUCAUGCAUCAUCAGGAUCAUCAGGUGACUGUUCGGAUCCAGUUUCUGUGACGUGAAGAGGCGCCUCAGAGUAGCCUGGGAAGAAUGCGGUGGUGUGG